AUGAUAUCAACUAAUACAGAUCAAUCCAUUUUGAGAAUAACAACAAAGGAUCGAAUCAAUAAUAAUAGAGAUGAUGUCAAUGUCUUUCGAGAUAUCUUUGACAUCAUCGAUGGUAAUGACGAUACGAAUGUGAAUGAUAUGGAUUACAAUAAAUAUCAUACUAAAUUAACAGAAGAUUUUAAUCAGCAUUUCAAUUUCGAUCUUUGUUUAAGUCAUAUAGAAGAAGAACAAGAAGAAGAACAAAUAUUGUAUGAAAAUGACACUAUUCAUGAGAAGUAUACAAAUAAUAAUAAUUUAAAUAUUGAAGAAGAUAUUUUAUUAGAAAGACUCAGUCAAUUAUUAUCAACUAAUUAUAAUGAGGAAAAAGAACAAUCUACAGAUCGUCAUGGAUCACCCGUAGAUACACUGACGACCUUGCUGACAACUUCACUAUGGAAAAGAAAAAAAGUUGUUAAUCAUAGUGAUGAUAACGAAGAGCAAGAAACUAUACCCAAUUAUCUAUUAAGUAAACAUCGAUUAUUUGAUCAGAUAAUUCAACAACGUAUGGAUAGAACAUCGUCUAUGAAUAUAGAAAAUUUACGACAACUGGCUUUUUUUCGACAUCAAAUCGUAUUCUAUGAAAGACUCUAUCAUUUAUGGUCUAUUUAUUUGCAAUCAGGUACAGGUCAAUUAAACGUAGGGCAAAAUGAAAAAAGAAAUAAACAUCAGAAUUAUCAACGAUAUUGGCCUAAACAUGUAAAAUCACUCAUGAUGUUAACACAUGACAAAGCUACAUCAAUGGAUAAGACGACUACUGAAGAAGAUCAACAUGCCGCUUGUGAACUUCUCGUUCAAGAACGUAUACGUGUAUAUCAAGAAAAAUUAGAUUUCUAUAAAAAACAAUUCAAUGAAAAAAGACAAUCGUUCAUCAGUCUACCACCAGCCAUGGAACAAUCGAUUGAAAAAUUGAUUGAACAUUAUGGUCUAGAACCAAUUCGUAUGAAAUGUCAUCUUGCUAUUGCUAUACUUCAUAACAAUUAUGAAGAUCUUCAACUUCAAUAUGAGUAUGAACAAGAAAAGCCAACUGAUUAUCAAAUAGAAAUCGCAAGACAUAUGUAUGAAAUGAAUUGUAAAUUAGAAAAGAUGAAAAGUGAUUUCAUUCUUCAACGUUUGCGCAUUCUCUAUAAUAAACCACCAACAUCUUAUGAUAAAUUACAAAUCGACUUUCCUACAUGCUUAAAUUUGAUUUCGAAUCGACAUAUUCAGCGUCAACAAUUCAUCUAUCGUUAUGAAACAUUAAUUCAACAAACUAAAACAGAUCUCAUGACUAUACGUUUAGCUGCGAUUGAAGCAAAUAUCUAUCAAUAUGAAACGAUAUUGAAUAACGAAAUGAAUUUAAUGUUACAAAAUCAUCAUCGUCACGUCAAAAAUAAAGAAAUGACGCAAACAUUAAUCUAUUUAAUUGAUCAACGCUUGAAAACUGUGAAAGAAAAAAUGAAAGUUAUAUGUAAUUUUCAUAUAAAUUAUGAUCUUCGUUGGUCGUUUGGUCAUUUAGAAGAAAUUCGUAAGGGAAACAUUAAAACGAUACAACGUAUUGGUUUUUCUACACAUUUCAUUGUCGAUUACAACGUCACACAUCAUCUCAAUCAACAACAAUUACAAUUAUUAAAUCGUGGACCUACUUAUGUUGCACCUUGUCAAAUAAAAAUUUCAUCAUCACUCUUACCAUCAUCCAUCGAUAUCAAACUAUCAAAACAAUAUGAAUCUUUACAACAUCAAUUAACGACUCUCUUUGAAAAAUACCGUUUCCAUGAACAACAAUCAAAGAAUAUUGAGAAGAAUAUCAGAGAAACAUUUCGUACACUUUUUUCUACACCUCUACCGAGAAAUAUUCGUCAACGUGCUCUCUAUGAACAACAUGUAAUACAGUCAAUCAAAACGUAUUUGAAAGAUAAUAAUCUUCUUCUACGAAGAACGGCAGAUCAUAUGAAUAAUUUUUAUCUUAUGAAUAAGAAUACAUUUGACGAAAUAUGUCAUGAUUUUAUAAUGAAAAAUCAAGAUUGCUAUCGCCUUUUAUUUACUUCAACGGCAAAGAAUCAACAAGAUAUUCGAUAUGAAUUAGAUAAAAAAAUUUAUAUGAUGAAUACUGAUUUAGAACAUUUAUUAAGAGGUAAUAAAAUUUCUGAUAACAUCUAUCGAAAAUUAUACGUGACAUUGGAUGAAAUAAAAUUAGGUUAUCUCUAUUUUUUACCAAAUAUUUCCAUAGAAAAUCACUCUCUCACUGUCCAACCUAUGUUUUCUAUGCAUCAUAGUUUGACAUGGAAAUUAGCAAAUUAUAUGUAUCGAUUACUUCGACCUAUAUUAAUACCGAUCAUAAAACAAAAUAUGAUGGUAAAUGAGAGUGAUUUGAUUGAAAAACUUCAACAUUAUUAUUCAAUUGAACAUCGUCUUCACUCAACUACUUUAUUUGCUCGAAUUAAAAUUACUAAUUUUUAUACGAUGUAUUCAAGUCAAUUUAUUAUUAAUAAACUUCGUUGUGUCUUAGAGGAUAAUACCUGUUUAGAACAUAUUGAUAAUAUAUCUCUUGCUACCAUCGAACGAUUAUUUGAUUUAAUUGUCGAUAAUAAUCUAUUUUAUUAUCAAGGACAUAUUUAUCACUAUAUCAAAGGUAUGCCUAAUAGCAUGCUAUUAAGUGAUUUAUUAUUAAUCAAUUGUUUAUAUUGUUGGCAAAAAAUAAUCUUCGAUGAUACUCGAUUAAAAAAUGAAUUGAUUGCUGGAUAUAAAGAUGAAAUCUGUUUUACAUGGAAUCAUUCCGAACAUGAUCUUCGUACGUUUCUUAAUGGAAUUGAAGAAAAAUAUCAACGUAUUCAUAUGGAUAUAUCAUGGGGUCGUUGUAUCAAUUAUUUAAAUGUUCAUAUAGAAAAUCGUUUCGGUGAAUUAUACACAGGUAUGUAUCAUUCACCAAAUACAUCGAAAUUAAUUUUACCGUAUGUUGUGGGUCAUCCAAAAAUUAAACAUCAACAUUGGCUUCGUUCAGCACUGACACAUGCAGUGCAAUUAUGUUCGGAUUAUAAAGAUUUUAAUCAAGAACGUAUCUAUUUGGAAAUGACUUGUUUAACUUACGGCUAUUCAAAUGAUUUUAUUGAAAAUGAAUUUAAAAAAUUUUAUGAUUAUUUUAAUAUUGAAGCAUAUCGAUUUUGUAUGAAUGAACUUAUCUAUGAUAAAUUACGUCGUCGUUUAUUCGAUCUAAUGAAAAAACAAUGUAAAAAUUAUGAUAAAGACUUAGAAAUAGAAGAUAAUGAAGAUUUAAUACGUUUGUAUUAUCUCUAUGACUAUGGUCCAUAUGAAAAAUUUCAAGAAAAAGUUCAUGAAGUUUGGUCAACUUCUAUGGCAAAUCAAUCAAGAUUAUCAUUGAAGAAGAAGAUAAAAAUUCUUCUGAAUGCUAAACAUUUAUAUUCUUUAAAUACUCUAUUGACGGAACAAAAGCCAACUUGUCAACUCUUGAAAUAA